UAUGAUAAGAUCUUGGAAUCUUCAUUCCAAAACAAACAGCAGCUCGAGAACGCACUGAAUCAGUUACGGGUGAAGUGCUUCGGACAGGAUCGUUACUGGCGUCGCUACUGGAACUUAGGCAAGUGCGGUGGCAUCUACGUGGAAGCGAUGGAAUCGACUCAACCGGAGAUGUAUCGCUACGAAAAUGCGCUUGAGGAAGUGCAGAGUAGGCCGGAUUAUGUGCCAAAAUAUGAGACCGUACCGAAAUCGGAAGAAACACGCACGAUCAAGCACGAUCCCGCUGCGCUAGAACCGAGCUGUAAGAGCGACGAUGGGCAAGUGAUGGAAGGUGAAGGUUGCAAGACGGAUGAAGCGCCACAACAGCAGACGAUGGAUGAGCAGCAGCGUAAGCGCAAGCGAUGCUCGUCUGUGUCAUUGAAAAAGUUGAAGAAAAAGAAGAAGAAACCAAGAACCACGUCGGAAGGGGGGACGUUCGCCAUCGAGCAUGAAGCCGCUGGUGCCGCGGAUGAUGGCGAUGACGAAGAAGAGGAUGAGGAAGAAGAGGAGGAGGAAGAGGUGGUGGAUGCAGAUGACCGAGAGGAAAACGAAAAUGAACCAGAGGAGCGAAGAACAGAGGAUGGCUGCUCACGGACGAGCUUCAGCAAUGGGCCGGUCCUCGAAGAUGGUCGCACCGGUGAUUCACAGUCCGAUGAUUGCAAGAUCAUUGAGGAACCGGAAGUGGUGCUCAAGGAUAGCGAUGAUGGGGCCUCGAAGAAGAUCAGUGCUCCUGCGCUGGAUGAUGAACGUGCCAGAUCGGCAACAGAACGUCACCCACUGGAAGAAAAUGGCAAGAUGAACAACGCAGAGCAUGGUUCGGUAACUACUAUGAGCUCAGCGGCGAAUGGCCAACAACAGUCGGACAAUGGGCCCCCAACUGGCGAAGCUAUAUCUGGUAAGCGUUCCGAUGAACAGCAGCUGAUGGACAUCGAAGAUUCGCUCCCAACGGCGAUCCUGGUGCAGAAAGGAAACGAUCGUGAUGAAACAAAGACCGUCGAAGUGAACAGUCAGAUUGGAGGUGUGAUGAAUGUUCCGUCCGGAUCAUCCUCCAAGGCGACAGUUCAGGAUGAUGACGACGAUGUGACGAUGGUGCAGGAUGAACCACCUACCAUCACCAUUCCGGAUGAUGACACGGAGAGCGGCGAUCGUAUGGCCGAGCAACGCGAACAGACCGAGCAGUCGUCGGUCGCUGGUGAUGAUCGCGAUCGAUCGCAAUCGAUGCUGGGUAGCGGUAAUGGGGGUGUGUCCGGUAUGAGCCAGGACUGUAGCAUGAACUGUGAUAUGAAGCCAAAACUGGUGGAAAAUGGAAGCGAAGAACUGCGCGAUCCGGGAGAGCUAGUCGAGUGUCAGCUGCGCGAGGACGAGGACGAUCACGAAAGCAAAGGCUUUGACGACAGAAAGGCGGAAGAAGGGAAAGGAAACUUGGGCAAGACGACAACAAAGACAACAUCCGUUAUAUCGUAUGGCAGCGAUGUGGAGAUGAUCGAGAUAAAGGAAGAAGAGUGCAGUAACGUUCCGAGCCGGAUCGUCGGCCCGGCACGCUAUCUCUAUAUGCGUGAUAUCGAGACCAAACAGGAGAAAGAGUUUAGUGAUCAGCUGCUCAACCGGUGGUUCUCGAUCGUGGACAAGGAGCUACCGUUAACAAGCACCGAGUGUCCGCUACCGACGAUCAACGGCACUACGCCGGCGUCGAUGGCGCGCCAAAUUUUCACCAACAUUACGUGCCGGGAGAUCUGUCAGCUGCAGGGCAACCGGUGGGACAUUGGGAACAACAUUCAAUUCUUCAGCGUUCCGCUGGAGAAGGGCGUUGAGAUUCAUUUUCCAAAUGAGUCGAUACUGUCACUGUCCGGACUGGACGAUGACGAAAUAAACGAUGUGAUUGCGAAGAAGAGUAAACCGGAACCUCUGCAGCUGUCCGAUAUGAAGCCGGCGUUCAAGCGCGAAACGAUCGAGUACUCGUACAGUCAGCAUCACCCAAACAAUCUGAAGGCGGAGCUGAAGGAAGAGGGUGGAUCGGGCGACCCCAGCGACGAGUUUAGCCACUUUUCACUGCCCGCCUACAUGACGCUCACGCUCUCGAACCUUACCGCGUAUGUGCAGUGCGAUCAGUUUCAACCGCUGCAGAUGACUCCCGAGGAACAGAAACAACUGGAGGACAUUAAGGUACACGGGGCUCCGCGAAAAACCGAACCUAUGGUUGUACCUCGUGAGUUCCGGUACGGCUGGUGGAAGAUCAACGACAUCGAAGAGCUGAACGAGCUGAUCAAGCGGCUGAAUCCGCACGGUGUUCGCGAGCGAAUGUUGCGGCAAAGCUUGCUGGAAUCGCUGGCGGAGAGCGUCAAUCUAACGACCCCGCACCAUGUGGCGCACCCACGAGCGCCACCCCCUGCAAACGGUUACAUCGAGCCGGAGGCCUGGAAUGCCUGGAACCCGACGAUUGCACGGCGCGUCGAAGUGGCGCUGCUCGAUCAGAUCGAAGCGAUGGAGGAUAAGGUGGCAAGUGCUUCGAUGCAGGUGAAAGGUUGGCAGAUGCCGCAACGCGACGGCGAUAGCGAGAAUAGUGGCGGCGGACCACUUGGCAGUACGGAAGAGGUGACGAUCGAGAUGUUACGCGAACGAAUCCUUGGUAUGGAGGCGGCCAUCGAGCGACGCUACCUGAAGCCUCCGCUCGGCAUCAACACCACCGAGGCGCAGAUGGCGGUCAUUGCGCAGCAGGAAUCGCACAGCAACCAGAACAACUCGAACGUCUCGAACCAAUCCAACUGUUCCAAUAGUUCGGCCGAAGAUGAAAAUCUGCCCAAGGGUUUGCUGUCCUGGCGCGACGCAGUAGAACGUUCCGUCACUACCGCCCAGCUUUCGAUGGCACUGUACGUGCUGGAAUCGUGCGUCGCCUGGGACAAGAGCAUCAUGAAAGCCAAUUGCCAGUUUUGUCAGUCGGGCGAGUCCGAGGACAAGCUGCUGCUGUGCGAUGGUUGUGACCGGGGUUAUCAUACCUAUUGCUUUAAACCACGCAUGGAUAAGAUCCCGGAUGGUGAUUGGUAUUGUUUCGAGUGCAAGAACAAGGCCACAGGCGAACGGAAAUGUAUUGUUUGCGGUGGAUUGAGACCUCCGCCACUCGGUAAGAUGGUAUACUGUGAGCUGUGCCCCCGGGCUUACCAUCAGGAUUGCUACAUACCACCGAUGUUGAAGUAUCCCCGUGGCAAAUGGUAUUGCCAGAAUUGUGUCGCAAAAGCACCACCGAAGAAGAAACCGCAACGAAAACCGAAGGAACGUACCACCAACAAUAGCUCACAGAACCAUUCGUUGCUCAACUCGUCGCUCAACAGCUCCCAGAAUCAAUCGCUGAACUCGUCUCACGAAGAUAUCGCGACGACUCCGUUAAGUCCAGCACAUUCAAUAGCGUCCACGAGUCAUGAAGAAUCGUCGGCGCAACAACAUCUACAGCACCAGCAUCACCAACAGCAUCUACACCUCGGUGGCACACUCGUACCGACAACAGCGGCGGUGCCGGCAAUGGCUCCUGGAGCUGCCUACCAACACCACCAGCACCACCAACAAGUACAACACCUUCCACCGUAUGGUGCACAUAGCGGCGUAGCGCCGAUACUUGACGCGAACAGAAGCUAUGCUGACUGUCAUCCUCCAGUGCCAGUAACAGUGGAUCAGCAGGCGGGCCUGAUGUACCAGCAGCAGCAACAGCAUCAGCAGUACUAUCAACAGUUUUAUCAAGGACAACCGCACGCUGCAAAUGUUUCAUUACCUUCAUCAUUGCCGCCACCACCACCACCUCCACCACCACCGGCACAGCCACAAGCAGCGACAUUAGCAGCAGGAACGUUACAGCAGCAACAGUAUUAUCCACCCACGGGUGAUUACCCUCACGGUGCUCUCUGUUCACCCCAACAACCUGCAUCUUUGGACCACUCGAAGCCAACGAUUGCUGAAGGCCAUACUCAUAACGUUGCGAAUGAUACCGUUGGUGGUGCGAUUGCAGCUGAUGGAGCUCCUGUGAAUUGCGAACCAGUAGCCACCCAAUCAGUUCACGCCAGAGAAACAUACGAGCGUAAUAUUAGCCAAGAGCAGCAUGUAUCUACUGUAGUGACACCAUCCGGUGAGGACAACACGUGCAAUGAACCGGAAUCAAUGGACUAUCAACAUACUCAGCAGCAGGCGACAGCAGCACAACAACAUGAAGCAUCAUGUUCACCACCGAACACUGGCAACAGUGGUAACAGCGAACAGUAUUACUCACCGGCUGGCUGCUCGAAUGUUGCUGCAAGUGGAACGGUUGCUGGCACCUCCGGAUACUCGGACAACGAACAGCAGCGUCAUUAUGCGAUGGCCUCGAAUGACUCUUCAACGGUCGGCGAAGGUAGCUGUGGCGGCGAUUCCUCGGAAGAGUACCAACCACGACCAUCACCGAUGAAGGAUUCGAGCGAACACCGCAAGGAACGUUCCCGGGAGCGUGACGAGGCCAAGGAGCGGGCAAAACAGGAGAAGAAGGCCACUAAAAAACUGCUCAAGGAGUUAGCCGUUUGUAAGACGAUCCUGGAGGAAAUGGAGCUGCAUGAGGAUUCGUGGCCAUUUUUGCUGCCAGUAAACACUAAACAGUUCCCAACGUAUCGCAAGAUCAUCAAGUGUCCGAUGGAUCUAUCGACGAUCAAAAAGCGCCUCCAGGAUUUGGUAUAUAAAUCGCGCGACGACUUUAUCGCGGACGUGCGCCAGAUAUUCGACAACUGUGAAGUCUUCAACGAGGAUGACUCACCCGUCGGCAUCGCCGGCCACGGAAUGCGGAAGUUUUUCGAGCAACGCUGGACUGACCUCACGGAUAAACACUCUUGAUAUCAUCAUCCAGGGUCCGCGCUAGCACCGGUAUUACGGUCGGCUAAUGAUGAGUGUGCAGCUGUUGCGGUGGCUACUGUUGAGACAACUGUGGCGGAAGCAACCUCAUUGCAAAUGUUGCCGCCGCCACCGCCAGCACCAGCAUCGUCGCAAAUAGCAACUUCACCACAACCACAACAGCAACAGUAUUUAUCGAAGGAAAUUAAUGCUUUCCCAGAAAACAGCAGUACGACUGCUGUGGCUGCUGAUUCGGUAUCAGUUCCGAUUGAUGAUAUGGUUACGGAAGAGGAUGAGUAGUGAUGCUGAGCUAAGAUAUUGUACUAGCAUUUAAAUAGAAUGAGAUCGCAGUGUAAUCCCUUUACAACAGUUGAGAGCAGAAUAGGCUGAUGAUGGCAACUAUCGCGUGAGACUUAAGCUAACCAACCAGAGAGACAAGACUGUGCUCGGCGAAAGUGGUCCAUGUGCGCGGUUCACGAAAGGCACUAGCUUCGAUGACGGGGUCCCGCUUGCAAAGCAGAUUAUUAGUAGAAGAGGGAAAAAUCGGAAGCAAAGCGAUAGAGAAAGAGAGAGGGACAAAGUUGCAGAGGAUUCAAAUGACAGGUAAUGGCGUAGUACAUUUGUUUAACUUUUAUUUUGUUUUAACAAAACGACAAACAGCAAAUAGAAGGGUGCGAAUCAAAUUGAACGAUGCGGAUUGCGUGCUCACAGUAUGAAAACGUUGUACAUAUUUAGAAGAAUGAAGCCGCUUUCAGUUAGUUAGGGGAUUAUUUUUCAUUUGCUUAUUUUUUAUGUUAAGAUGAGAAUCUUGUGAGUUCCGCUUUGAUUGCAAAGCAAUUUGGUAGAUUUCUCAGUGGCUGUCGGAACAGGUGGCCGCUGCACACUGUUUUAGGAGAACGGACAAUGUUCACUUACAAAUGACUCACACAACUGCUGACACAGAUGCCACUGCAAUUGCAAAUGAGAGCGAGAGAAAGUGUUAGUUUCGUAAGUAAAAUUAUAUCCAAAAUCCAACAAAUGAUGUGAAUGGUUCGCUUCUAGUAGCGAACAGCGUGAACUUUGGCUUUGUAAGUAUUCUUAUUAGACAAAACGCGAUGGUGCAUUGUUGCGUUGGCCGGUUAAUUUAUCUCAUACGUGCAGUCGACUGGUUAGCGUAUAAGUGAGGAGAUGAGAGAUGCCAAGCCCCUGAACAGGCAGAAGGGUAUGCAGCUGAAAUGCUGCUCCGGCACAAUUCGAAAACUAUGUUUUGUUUCUACCAACAAUCCUACUCGAUUACUUUGUCAUGUAAGAGGGACAUAGGAAUGUGGUAUAUUUAUUGUAGUAGCUCUGCCAAGCUGUUGAAAGCCUACAGCACAUCGCCGAUCGUUGCCGUGUAGUAUCGCCAUGCUCACCAUCUUAACUUAUAUGUUUUGUAAAGGACUGAAGGACAACAGGAGAGUGUGGUUGAGAAAGGCUAGGAGGAUUGGAUGUAGUAUACAAUGAUAGGAGUACCCCUUGGCGAGGUAUUGUGCCCUGCAGAUAAAAAAAUGGAAAGUAUUUUUACACAAACAUAUACAUGUUUGUAGAUAUAUAUAUAUAGAGACAGACACACAUAUACUUAUAAUUUCUGAAGCGACGAUUAGAUUUAGGCGUUUAAAAUGGACGUUUUUAUUCUCUCUGACUUAUUAAACUAUCGAAUAUGGAACUAACUAUGUUUUGAUUUACCUUCACAAAGAUUCUCGUGUCGAGAGGGAACGCACUUGCACAGGAACCGAAUGUCUUUGACGCAACGAAAGAAAUGCCCAGCUUUCCACAGGGGAUCCCACUCUGGCCGGUGCUUCGUAUCCCUUCUGAUGCAACAGCAAGGUGGUGAGCGAAAAAGCCGCAAGUUUUGCGUUUUAUAUGCUCACAAUAAUCUUCAAAGGAGGAGUGUGUUAAAGGAAAAAUGGCUUUCUUGCCAAUCGACUGUUUCGUGCGAGAUUUCGUUUGCUUCUUUUCGCACUAAUCAUGCAAGUAGGAAGCGGAAAGCUUAUCGAGAGGACUAAACUAUGUAUCAACGGUGAUGGGAUGGUGAAGUCGUCGUUCUAAAGUGUAUUUAGCGAAGAGCAAAAAAGGUGGACUGGAGAUUAGAAGCUAAAUUCGGUUGCUGUUGGCUAUGUACUGUGUCCAUGUGACUAGGGCAAGCGAAUGAAACUGUAAAGGUGAUUGAAGAUGAAAUGAAGAAAAUACUAAUUUUUUAUGUUCUUGGAUGUGGGGAAGAUACAAUGGAAAGUGGAAAAAGAGCGCAGAAAAUAUCGGCUGAUGAAAUAGGAUCGAGCACCGAGGGGUAGCUAAAGAGAGUCAAUCUGAAAGUAUUAAACAUAACCCUGGCAGGUAAAUGGGGCUGAAUCCGUCGAUAGUGGCUAUUUGUUUUAAUUGCCGUGAGUAAUAGUUGUUGGAAUGCAGGCUGGUUUGAUUUUUCUAUUUUUUAUUCACGAUUCUUAUUCACGAAGGACGGAACAUACGUGUGUUCCUUGAUCUCCCUUGUUAUAAAUAUGUGUAAAUAGGACAAACCAGACAAACUACACACAUUUGGGCUAACUGAUUAUUUGGAUGCUACGCUCUGGUGUCGAAAGUAGAAAGUGGUUUGCCAGAAACUCCCUUUCCAGUCAGAAGACUUUCCGAGCGUAGCGCAAUAGCUGAUAUGAUAAGAAUAUAUGAUAUGAAAAUAUAAAAUGAUAAUUAGUGAAAA